CGUGCGUCUAUCGAACAAAUAAUCACAAAUAGACGGCGUCUGUCAGAAACUCAGAAAUUUCACCGAUCGCACAAGUUCAGUGCAGACCUGGUCUGCUGGUGCAUGCAAUGGAAAUCGAAUCACAGGUCAUUCUGCCGAGAGAGCUUGAUGAUCUCUCGUCUUUCAUUCAAGAAAAGCCCGAAUCAUUGGCAACUGCCACUGCUGAGCUACGAGCCAUAGCUCUCCGUGCAACCAAAUUCAUAUUCGAUCUUGCUUUGCGGUCGGAACCUGCCUCUCUGCCUCAUAUUGAGAACCUUCUGUCUUCACUCAAACAAUCUCAAGCACCACAGACGAGAUCACAGACUCGCGCUAAUGCCAAACGGAAGAGGAGUCCAAGUCCUGUACUGGAAUCCCCGAAGAAGGUCACUAUAAAAAAUACACCACUACCCUCACUUUUUAUCGAGGAUAUGAAUGAAGGUCAAAUUUGGCAGCAGCUGGACCUUAGGGCUGCACCUCUUUGCAGUAAUCUUCUGCUGCUAGAGGGCGAGACUGAAGAUGACAUGGAAUUACCAGACGGGAUGUACGACGAUCAGGAGGACGAGGAAGGUGACGAGGUAUGAGAAGAAAGCGAAGAUUCUGAAGAGAUAGAGCACACGGACGAUUCUGAAGAAGACACUGGUGGGUCAGAAGAAAUGACUGACCUUCGCGAGGAGCUGUCCGAAGACGAGGAGGACGAUUCAGAUCAUCAUCCAUCUCUUCUU